UUCAUUGUGGGAACUCUCCGGGUACCAGUCAGCAUACAACUACAGACAACUCCUGAAGGUACAAUGCGCUGAGUUAAGGAUAUAGGCUAUAUACAUAUAUUUUUUAUCUCUGCGUUCGCGAACGCAUUAUCUGGUUCGACAAGUCUGACGUCUAUAUUAUUCUAAGUAGUUGAUUAUUCACUGCUUAUUUGGUCAAUUCCGACUGGAUACAUCACCAUCCCAAUUUCCAACCCAGACUGAGCUGAAAGUGGCUUUGUAAGAGGAGUCUCCAGGUGAUGAGCUCUCUGCUUUUCUCCAGCUGCAGUAUGAAGGACCAUGAGGCCGUAGCUCUCCUCCACUACCAGGGCUCAGGCAAGGCCAACAGCCAGUUCUCAGCCUCCGGCCUGCACUCGUCCCCCUCCACCCUGGGCAAGCCCCAACCCUUCAGCCUGCAGCCCGGCCCCCACCUGCUGGCCAGCAUGCAGCUGCAGAAGCUCAACAGCCACUACCAGAGUCUGACCGGGGCCUCGGGGGCCCCCGCUGGGCCUCCCAGGGGCUUCGGCACCACCGCCACGGGGCCCGCGCACGUCGGCUCCACCGGGACGGCCCAGGGGCCCGGCAUCAUCGAUUCGGACCCCGUGGACGAGGAGGUGCUGAUGUCGCUGGUGGUGGAGCUGGGCCUGGACCGGGCCAAUGAGCUGCCAGAGCUGUGGCUGGGCCAGAACGAGUUUGACUUCAUCUCGGACGUUUCGGCCGGCUGCUGACCCCGACGCCCUGUCUCGCCCGUUCUUUCUCCCCUUCCCGUCACUCUGCUGUGCUGAAGAACACAGGCCCAUGUGCCACGCACCGGCCCUUUUCCAGCCCUUUACACCAGUUUGUGCGCCAGUGUGUCUGUCCAUGUACGCCUUGCAAUCGCCUCACCCCCAGGUUGGGGUUGCUGUAAGUUCCUGUCCGUGUUUCUUCACGGCUGCGGACAGUGCUGUUAAAUGCUCACACCUUGGUGCUUCUUUCAUCUUUUUAAAAGGAAACGCAGUGGCUGAGGUCACAGGCACGGUGGGCCUACUGGCAAGGGGUUCAAAGAAUCAAGAAAAAAAAAUAUAUAUAUAUUUGCAGUUGAAAGGUAAAAGCUUGUGCGUUGUUGCAUUCAUGUAAAUACUCCAAAGUGAAUCUAAAAUACUCAUGCGCGAACACACUGAACACACUGAACAUUCCUUUGAUUUGCCUUGUGCUGGGAGAGAGGUCUUUCUGUGUUCAGUCUGACCCAGAAGGACAGUAGGUAUGUACGAGUCCUUUUCUCAUGCUGUAAUUAUCAUUUGUGUCUUAUCACGGUGCUAAGGAGUACACUACAAAGGAGGAAUGAUGCCACACCAAAAGAGGUCAAGAUCAGAUUAAGGCUCCUUUUUUCUUUACCUUCACCAUCCAAUGGAUUGUAUUUACUGUUAUUGCCGCAGCUGUAGGACUCUGCUGUAUUGGGAUUAUUUGAGUUUGUUACACUUGCAUACCAUGGAGACCCUGUCAAUUAUCUACAGUCAACAGACAGUUGUAUAUUAAUCAUUUGUACUUUUGUUUUCUGACAAUGGACUCUCCUUUGAUAUUUUAUCUGUCGGAGCUAAAUAUGAGGAGGCGGCUCUUUAAAUAGCCCCUCGAAGACAAAAGGUUUCACCUGAGCCCAGGGGCUGGAUGUCUGUGUCAGUACAGCUUUGUGGGCCUCCUGUGAGCCAGGCUGAUAUUACUAUCCUGUAACUGAAGGAGGGGCUGUGAAACGGGGAUCUGCUCUGUGCUUGUUCUGUUAUCUCAGCAUUAGGGAGGUGUGUGUGUGUGUGUGUGUG